CGUUAGUCAUUUUUCCAAAACAUUUUUCGGUGAACAGUGAACGUUUUUGAAGUAAAAGCAUGGCACAAAGCUACGAAUUUAGUGAGGAGGAGAUUAGAAGAAAGCUAGAAGAACUUGGAUAUUCAAACAUACCUGAUGAUAAGCUCAAAGAGUUUCAAAGAGGUUUGUUAUGGCUUUGUAGAGUUUGGAAGUUGCAAGAGGCAUUGAUCGGCGAGCUAAGUAAUCAAUCGAUCAUGCAUCAUUGUUUACAUGUAUGAACUUUCAGAGCUCCUUUCUUUCAUAAUUGCAUUAGGAGUAACUGCAGAAUACCCUGCCACUUUGAAGCUGUAUCCCUGCAUUAUCUUUUCUGUAUCUCGAGCCAGUAAAGCCUGGUUUCCAUAUGAUCGUCCGGAUCGUCCCAGUCGUCUCAAAUAAUGUUCAGACGAUUGAGACGAUCAUAUGGAAACGCUACUUAGACGAUCGCAAACGACCCGGACGACCUUGAGUAGAGAUCAGGGCGAUCGGGACAAUUGUGUAAAUUUUGAAGCGAUCAAAUGGAACUGAGACGAUCGGGAUGAUCGAAGGCUAUCCCAGAAAUCAUCACUUUUAAUCCAGUAGUCAAGAAUGCAUUUAGCCUGGACUCCACUGGAGUCGAAAAAAAUAAUACAAAAAUGUUCGCACUACGUAUGGGCACUAUUUGAAACUAAAGAAAGUCCAUUACAUCACGUUCGCAAUGUGAUACUAUGACUUUGUGGAACUCUUCUAGCUUCUUGACGCUGCAAAAUCGAGAGGAAAAGCAGAUAGCAAGGCAAAAUCCUUUGUUAUGUUUGGCUUGUUUGCAAAACACGCGCAAAAAUUCUAUUGUCUCACCCAGAGAUAUUGCUGAUGACCCCGCGUCUCUUGUCUUUGAGGCUGUUGAAACGAUUAUGUGGAAACUACCAGUCACCAGUCGCCCAGAUCGUCUCAAAAUUUUUUUAAAUGACUGGGGCGAUUGGGACGAUCAUAUGGUGACCAGGCUUUAACUUAACUUGCUUGAGUUGCAUGUUUUUAGAGAAGAAACCCUUGCUUAAAAUUUGACUUAAUCCUAGCUUAAACUUUUUUCGAGGAACCAGGGCAGGGUUGCUCAAAGCUGGGUUAAGAUAACCCAGGGUUAGAGCGAAAUUUGAAUUCAGAUACGAAAGCUUAAAAAGUAAAUUCAGUUUAAUUCUUUUUGUCAACGAGUUGAUGUUUGGAUGCUCCUAAAAGUAACAGAGAAAAUUAUCCAGCGAGAAAAAUGCUUUUUAACAAAAGAAAAGAAAGCUGGGGUUUUAACCCUGGGUUAAGCGUUAAUCGGCCUUCGAACGUCUGGGCCCAGGCCUAAAACUUAGCCGGACAGUUUGACUCUAUUUUUGUUGUUUUGCUGAAAGAGGUAUUCUCUCAACCAAACAUUUUCCUCUUUUCUAUCGACAGUAUAGAUAUACUCUCGAUCUAGUUUAAAUAUUUACAAUUAUAUUACACCUGGUUAUAUUUUGCCUUGUAGACCUUAAGCAUCUUAUUGAAGCUGAAAGAGCAGAAUCAAGAGGAAGGGGGCAUUUUAACUCUUCCACUAGUGACAGCUAUUAUACUGACAGUUACUUAGAUGGGAGCAGAGAUAAAACUUCAUCAUCUUCAACGAGUGGUAUGCAAAUGUAUAUUUACCUGUCACAACUCAACCUUAGUUGGGAUGGGGGUAGGUAAAGCCCCUUAGAACAUGGGCCAUGGGAUGAGUCGAUUCUCGUUCGCCCCGCUGGUAUAAUGCAUGAUAUCAGUAACAACAAUUUGCCACCAAAUCUCCCAAAUUUACUUGAAAAACCUUGUCGAUUCAUUUGUAAAAUUAUUCAUGAUCAUCCAAGUCUAUGCUCUAUGGACAAUUGAAGGGAGCCCAGUGCUAUAAACUUGUAAAAUCUAGGGUGCCCUGCAUUUGAUUAAGUAUUAAAAAAACUAAGAAAUCUAUAAAGAAGUCUAGUUGCCCAAGAACAAAAGUUGGGUGCCAGGGGCCACCGGGCUCUGCUAGUCUUAGAGUACAGCCCUGUCAUCUACUUCAAAGCUGGAAAAACACAAAACUCCCUCUCUUGUUUUGGCGUAAAACUUUGGAAUGAGAUACCCUGUCAUAUUAGCGAUCUUCCUAAAAAGGAAUUUACAAAUGUAAAUCAGGGAUUUGCUGUCCGAUAUUUUAAAAAGAGAAAAUGACUAUAUUGAGACGCCAUUGAUAAUUUGAAAGUUGGAUUAACAGUUAUUAAUAAUUUGUAUGUAUAAAAUAACAUGCCUUCCAACUCUCUUUCAAUUCCUUUUUUGUUUUUUAAUUUCCUUAAAUAGAUGUGGGGAUUGUGGGGCAGUCUAUUGUAAACUUAAUAAAUAAGGUUGAAGUUGGGAACGAGAAUGGUUGGAAUGGGGUGAGUCUUGGUUGCUCGCUUGUGAGGGCAAGGUUAUUUUGUGAUCGGGGUUAGAGAUCUAACUGAAAGCUUUUUUUCAUCUGCAAGCAAACCUCCUGUUUAAAAAGCUUUUGAUCAAUCGCAUUUGCAUUUUAACUGAACUACUCCCAUCUUAGCCCAAAAUGUUAGACAUCUUUCCACCCUUGUCCUUAAGCCCUGAACAGUUGUUUGUUCGGUUGCAAAGGGAUCCUUAACGUGAUAAUAAAGAAUGUUUAUUUUUGUGUUUUCUCAUUUAGCUUUAGACAGCAUCAAAGAGAGACAUUCUGUGCCUGAUAAAUACCGAUAUCCUCUUGAGGAUACUGUGUUUCCAAGACCAAAAUCAGUUGCAAGGAGAUUAGAAGAAAGCUAGAAGAACUUGGAUAUUCAAACAUACCUGAUGAUAAGCUCAAAGAGUUUCAAAGAGGUUUGUUAUAUUGGAAGUUGCAAGAAGCAUGUUUGACCGCGAGCUUAGUAAUCAAUCGAUCAUGCAUCUUUGUUUUUUGUUUUACUUUUAGAUGUAUGAACGUUCAGAGCUCCUUUCUUUCAUAAAUGCACUAGGAGUAACUGCAGAAUACCCUGCCACUUUGAAGCUGUAUCCCUGCAUUAUCUUUUCUGUAUCUCGAGCUAGAGGCCAAACAGUAAAGCCUGGUUUCCAUAUGAUCGUCCGGAUCGUCCCAGUCGUCUCAAAUAAUGUUCAGACGAUUAAGACGAUCAUAUGGAAACGCUACUUAGACGAUCGCAAACGACCCGGACGACCUUUAGUUGAGAUCAGGGCGAUCGGGACAAUUGUGUAAAUUUUGAAGUUAUCAUAUGGAACUGAGACGAUCGGGAUGAUCGAAGGCUAUCCCAGAAAUCAUCACUGUCUUUUAAUCCAGUAGUCAAGAACACAUUCGGCCUGGACUCCACUGGAGUCGAAAAAAAUAAUACAAAAAUGUAUUAUUAAUGUAUCACUGCGUAUGGGCACUAUUUGAAUCUAAAGAAAGUUCAUGACAUCACGUUCUCAAUGUGAUACUAUGUCUUUGUGGAACUCUUCUAGCUUCUUGACGCUGCAAAAUCGAGAGGAAAAGCAGGUAGCAAGGCAAAAUCCUUUGUUAUGUUUGGCUUGUUUUCAAAACACGCGCAAAAAUUCUAUUGUCUCACCCAGAGAUAUCGCUGACGACCCCGCGUCUCUUGUCUUUGAGGCUGUUGAGAGGAUUUUGUGGAAACUACCAGUCACCAGUCGCCCAGAUCGUCUCAAAAUUUUUUUAAAUGACUGGGGCGAUCGGGACGAUCAUAUGGUGACCAGGCUUUAACUUAACUUGCUUGAGUUGCAUGUUUUUAGAGAAGAAACCCUUGCUUAAAAUUUGACUUAAUCCUAGCUUAAACUUUUUUCGAGGAACCAGGGCUGGGUUGCUUAAAGCUGGGUUAAGAUAACCCAGGGUUAGAGCGAAAUUUGAAUUCAGAUAUGAAAGCUUAAAAAGUAAAUUCAGUUUAAUUCUUUUUGUCAACGAGUUGAUGUUUGGAUGCUCCUAAAAAUAACAGAAAAUUAUCCAGCGAGAAAAAAUGCUUUUGAACAAAAGAAAAGAAAACUGAGGUUUUAACCCUGGGUUAAGCGUUAAUCGGCCUUCGAACAUCUGGGCCCAGGCCUAAAACUUAGCCUGACAGUUUGACUCUAUUUUUGUUGUUUUGCUGAAAGAGGUAUUCUCUCAACCAAACAUUUUCCUCUUUUCUAUUGACAGUUCAUACUCUCAAUCUAGUUUAAAUAUUUACAAUAUUACACCUGGUUAUUUUUGCCUUGUAGACCUUAAGCAUCUUAUUGAAGCUGAAAGAGCAAAAUCAAGAGGAAGGGGGCAUUUGAACUCUUCCACUAGUGACAGCUAUUACACUGAUAGUUACUUAGAUGGGAGCAGAGAUGAAACUUUGUCAUCUUCAACAAGUGGUAUGCAAAUGUAUAUUUACCUGUCACAACUCAACCUUAGUUGGGAUGGGGGUAGGUAAAGCCUGUUAGAACAUGGGCCAUGGGAUGAGUCGAUUCUCGUUCUCAAAGCUGCGAUCCUUUUGGUUAGCUCCGCUAGUAUAAUGCAUGAUAUCAGUAACAACAAUUCGCCACCAAAUCUCCUAAAUUUAUUUGAAAAAUCUUGUCAGUUCAUUUGUAAAAUUAUUCAUGAUCAUCCAAGGCUAUGCUCUAUGGACAAUUGAAGGGAGCCCAGUGCUAUAAACUUGUAAAAUCUAGGGUGCCCUGAAUAUGAUUUGUAUUAAAAAACUAAGAUUUUCUAGUCGCCUAAGGACAAAAGUUGGGUGCCAGGGGCCACCGGGCUCUGCUAGAGUACAGCCCUGUCAUCUACUUCAAAGCUGGAAAAACGCAAAACUCCCUCUCUCGUUUUGGUGUAAAACUUUGGAAUGAGAUACCCUGUCAUAUUAGGGAUCUUGCUAAAAAGGAAUUUACAAAUGUAAAUCAGGGAUUGCUCUCCGAUAUUUUAAAAAGAGAAAAUGUCUAUAUUGAGAUGCCAUUGAUAAUUUGAAAGUUGGAUUAACAGUUAUUAAUAUGUAUGUAUGAAAUAACAUGCCUUCCAACUCUCUUUCAAUUCCUUUUUUGUUUUUUAAUUUCCUUAAAUAGAUGUGGGGAUUGCGGGGCAGUCUAUUGUAAAACCAUUUUUAAUAAAUAAGGUUGAAGUUGGGAACGAGAAUGGUUGGAAUGGGGUGAGUCUUGGUUGCUCACUUGUGGGGGCAAGGUUAAUUUGUGAUCAGGGUUAGAGAUCUAACUGAAAGCUUUUUUUCAUCUGCAAGCAAACCUCCUGUUUAAAAAGCUUUUGAUCAAUCGCAUUUGCAUUUUAACUAAACUACUCCCGUCUUAGCCCAAAAUGUUAGACGUCUUUCCACCCUUGUCCUUAAGCCCUAAACAGUUGUUGUUUCGGUUGCAAAGGGAUCCUUAACAUGAUAAUAAAGAAUGUUUAUUUUUGUGUUUUCUCAUUUAGCUUUAGACAGCAUCAAAGAGAGACAUUCUGUGCCUGAUAAAUACCGAUAUCCUCUUGAGGAUACUGUGUUUCCAAGACCAAAAUCAGUUGCCCAUGUGACAAAGGUAAGAACCAGUAAAAGCGUCAAACCUGUACAGUGGAACCCCGCCUUAUGGCCACCUCGGUAAUAUGUGGUCACCUCAUUUUCAUGGCCAGUUUUUUCAUCCCAGCAAAAUGGCCAUACAUUUCCUUAUAAAAAACCCCAGUUAAUGUGGUAACCCAUUAUUACAGCCAAUGGGCACAAGGUAAAAUCCCAAAUGAUAGAAUCACUUAUAAUUUCACCCUGUUAAUAAGGCCCAUCGUUCGAAAAAUAAAAUGCCUGUGACAUGUCAAUUUUAUUGACCUAGUAAUAUGAGCUUAUUUUUGUACUGUUUUUGGACUACAGUACACUUAAAAUGCACUGGUGGAGAUUUAUUAUUAUAGCCAAAUUUUAAGAGUUUCAUGUACUGAAGGAAAAAUUUUGAAGUAGUUUUUUCAAUUACUGUACGUGAUAUGUACUUUCCAGUUGUUUAUUAAUGAGAACAGUAAGUUGUUCAAAAAAUGCAAAUGCAAUCUAUGGUCUAUUUGUCAUUAUGGCCCUAAAAUCAUGAAAUCUGAACNCAAACGGUAGAAUCUCUCAUAAUUUCACCCCACUAAUACAGCCAAUCGUUCGAAAUUUAGAAAAUUAAAAUGCCUGUGAUAUGUCAAUUUUAUUAACCCAGUAAUCUGAGCUUAUUCUUGUACUAUUUUUAGACUACAGUACACUUAAAAUGCACUGGUGGCGAUUUAUUAUUGUAGCCAAACUUUAAGAAUUUCAUGUACUGAAGGAAAAAUUUUGAAGUAGUUUUUUCAAUUACUUUAUGUGAUAUGUACUUUCCAGUUGUUUAUUAAUGAGAACAGUAAGUUGUUCAAAAAAUGCAAAUGCGAUGUAUGGUCUAUUUGUCAUUAUGGCCCUAAAGUCAUGAAACUUGAACCUGCCCGAUAAUAUGGCCACACCGUUAACACAGCCAGUUUUUUUUUUACCCAUUGGUGACCAUAUUAAUGGGGUUCUACUGUAUAGAGUGUUUUCACAUGACGUCACGGUGGCCAUAUUGGUGUCCCAAAGCAAUGAAACGGCGGCCAUGUUGGUGUCCCAAACCAAUCAUGUGGGGGUUGAACUCUUUUGUUAUGCAAACGCUUUCUUUUGUUCCAAUAAAUUUGCAUAGAUGCUGGCCACGUGUGUCAAAACACUCUAUUAAUGGGCUUGCUCUAAGCAGUCACUCUCUCAGCUCUUGUGGUCACCUUUUUCUGUGGUCCCAACUAGUUAUAUUUUAUUGUCUUCACCUCUAAGUUUAAUGGUCACCAGCAUGUUUCUUGUUGUACUUUAGGUCAGCUAUGAUGGUAGGCAAUUGCAAGCCAUCGGUAUUUUUACAAAUGAAACAAUGAUGAAAAGUUGCCACACUGUAAUAUCAUUAUGAGGUCAAAACCUUAUCACCCAACUUCAGUCUGGCCCUCCUAAUUACUGAUUAUCGUAGUAAGCUGUAACCAAAAUGCUAAAAUUAUUGCAAGGUAGCACUGCACGUAUUUAACGGUCAUUAAAAUUAUUUUAUUAAUAUAAACAACCCCUUGCAUGCUGUUCAAUUGAACCCAAAUAAAACAUUUACUGUUCACAAACUUAUCUCUGUAAUAACAAUUGAAUUAUCUUACACAUGAAAGACAUACAACAUUAUGACAAAAGUAAGAAGGAGAAUAUUUUGAAAGGGGCUCCAUGGCUGAAUAAAAAAUAGUCAUAGGCUACUGCUAACAUCAGUCGGAGAAUUCUGCGAAGUAAAUGGGUAAUUCUCUGAUCUCUGAUGCCUAAUAAAUACCCUGAAAAAGGUACAUUUAAGGUAUUCUCCUUCUGUACAAAAAUUAGGCAAGUCAUGAGGCUUUUGGUAAAGAGAAUGCAUCACAUUAUUACCCAAUGAAUGGUCCUUCAGUCAGAGCAGAAUCAACCUCCACUGUGGGGAGUUCGCCUAAUGAGCAAUCAGGGCUAAGCAGUAGAAAUGUAAAGAGGAAAGUGUUGAGAAGAAGAAAUGGGGAAUCAAGAGUGUUUGAUGAGUCAUUUGCUAGCACUGAUUCUGGUAAGUUCAAUUCUACUGAAGUGGAAUUGGCUGCAGUGUCUUUCCUAACUUUUUUUACUGCACAUAUAUGUGCUUUGGGAACAAAUUCCAGGCGUACACACAUGACAAAUGAAAAGAGCCAUGGGACCAUUGAGCAUGAUAUAGAGUUUUUGUCAUUAAAAUACUGUAGAUAAGUAAAUAAUAAAAAAAUGGCCUUGUGUGAUACCAAUACCAUCUGAGCUAGAAUACAAAAUAAUUGAUAUUACCAAUGCUAUUGUUAGUUAAUAAAUAUUAAACCCAUCAACAAUAGAUGGGUGUGGGGAAGGUGCAUGAAGAAGCGGAAGGGGGCCGCAAGUGAUCUUAGAAGCCAGAAGACCCAUCUUUCUUAUUGUUAGCUGAAUCUCUUAGUAUAUAAAGCCACACUGCUAUAGAUCCAAAUGGAACGAGUGAGAUUUAAAAAUAUAUCAAUUUUAUAAUAGCAGAGUGGAGCAACACACAAGUUAAGCCCCAUAGCUAAGAAAAUUUGGUCCUCUAUCCAUCCGAGAAAUUUUGGUAGUCAUGUGACCAUAUAUCCGUCCAACUGUCUGUCCAUCCACCCAUCCGUCUGCACCACAGGGCAAGCAAUGUAAAAUCUCAUACUUUUUGGCAAGUGUGGGAGCCUGCAACCUGAUUAUUGCACACCCAUAUUGUUGUCAAUUGACAACUGUCGAAAAAGGGUAUCUGCUGACCAGGAUCACGUGACCAUAUCGUGGGCUAAGGUGUCAAACCAUUGAGGUUACAUGUUUUUUUGAAGUUAUCCACUGACAAGUUACAAGUUUUCAACUGAUCGUAGGCUCAACUCCAAGUGGAUUUCUUUGCGAUGAUUACAAGUUUAUUGUUUGAAGUAAAUUAUAAUUUAUUAACAGGAUCUUCGCUUUUAGCCUUGGGUAAAUCUUUUUAUUAUUUUUAGUCACAGACAUAUCUGAAUUAGAGCAGAGAAUACGGGACCUUCCACUCCAUAGUGACGAGGCUGGUGAUGAAGAUAUCAUCAGUGUAGCAAGUGAAGGAUCAACUGAGCCAAGCGAUUACAGACCAUGGGAAAAUCAUGCUGACAGAGCUUUAUUACCUUCGUGUAAGUUUAUCAAUAAAAUGUACCAGUACAUCAGCAACAAGACUAGUUAUUGGUUUAAUUUGUUAUAGAGUGACACUCAAACCGGAAAACUUAGAAGACAACUGACCAAUCACAACGUUUUCUGGAAAAAAGGAUUCUCAAGUUUUUUUUUGCAAACAGACCAAUAAAAUUCAUAAAUUUGAGAGCUGUUUCCUGAGAGGUCAGGUAAGUUCAAAUGGUUAUAAAGUUUUCAGUGGUUGCAUAGUUGAAUACUUGAAUUUUAUUGGUCCAUUUGCAAAAAACUUAGAAUCUUUUGUCUUCAGAAAAUGUUGUGAUUGGGGGUCAAUCAAGUGUCAAGUAAGAGUAAAAAUUUUCCUAUCCAUUUGUCCUUCUGGUCAAACAAAAUUAGCUCAAAACUCGAAACUCAAAAACAAUAUUGGGCAUUUAACCCUUGUUAAUUUUUUUUUACUUAAACCUAAAACAGAGCUCCUAAAAACGAUAAAAUGACCAUUGAAUGGCGAAGUUAAAAGGAACAUUUAACCUUAUUUUGUUAAGUAUGAGGUUUGCUUUUAUGACUUUUAAGAUGAAUUUUAAUUCUACUGUAAUUUGAAGACAACUUUCUAAUAAAUGUAAAAAUGUGCUUGUCCCACGGAAAAGUCAUGUCAAAGGUUUACAAGUCCGAACGAAAUUUCUACCUGUCCCCGACAAUCGGACACAGGUUUUGGCACAUCCUUGUGUCCACACUGUAAUACUGUAACAGGCAAUGUACAUUGUUUCAUGGUGAUGUUUUUUUUUGUUCUGUAUGUAAAUAUUUUUCAAGCAUAGCCUAUUAAAAUUAUACAUUUGUACCCUUUGGUGCAAUUGGCCAUUUUCACCGGUGUGUCAAGUAUUUAUUACUUGUCAUUAUAUAUUAGUUGAAGUAAUUGGAAGAACCGUCACAAAGAGGGCAGAGCUGUCAUUAAGGGCAGCCUGUAACACUUAACACCUGUUAUGGCUGAUCUCACUUGAUGUUACAGGUGAUCACAGUGGAAAGCUAAAGAUUACACUGUAAAUUUUUUGUGAGAUGUUACAGGUGAAUCUUCGCUUGCCAGGGCUGCUUCAAAACUUUAUGACAGCCUCUAGAGGACUCUGAAUUUGUUUAGUGAAUGGUGAUAGUAGUCGUUCUCAACCGUAAGGAGUUUCGUGUAUUUGUUUUAUUGGUUUAUAACCUAUCACUUUUCUUUGCAGUUAUAAGGCCUGUCGUUGGUCCUCCUCUCUCUCGAAAGAAGACUGAUCCAGUGUCAAGGUUUGAAAUACAUUGGAUAAUUUCUACCAAACUUUUCAUUUCCUUAAAAAUAAAAAAUGUUCACGUUCUUAUUGUACAUGUAUUUCAUUAUCAGGUAUCACCAGUUUAAGGAUGAAUGGAAAGCUAAAAAAGCACCUGGAGAAAAAAGCCACAAAAAUCUUCGCUGGAAUGUCCGGGUAAUGAGUGAUUAUAUUGUAUUUUCAUUAUUCCAAAUCAGUCUUAUACACAGAAUCAUUCAGAUUCUUUAAGAUUAGGGGAAAUUAUCCAGUGCAGCCAGAUGUGUUUGAGUUCUUGGAACUAAUAUUAAUGUCAUCUUUUGUUCUUUUUCCAAAAGGGGAAAAUGUUGCAGUGUGAUGUGUUUGAGGUAAGUGAAAUUAACGGCUUCUUCAUUAUAAUAAUAGUAUUAGUAUAGGUUAUAGCAUGAUUUGUAGUGAUAUUUGGCAUAAAUACCAUGAGUGAUAUUUUGAAAUUGUUAUAAUUAUACAUAAUUUCACAGGCCGUUAGGUGAGUGAAAUUUGAGACAAUUAUGAAAUAUCACGAGUGGCAUUUAUGCCAAAUAUCACAUACAAAUCAUGCUAUUAUUUGUAUAUACUACUACCCCCAAAGGUUUUGAAAUUUUCACAUGCAGGUAUUUCAAAUUAAGCUGAAAUACCACUGAUCUAAGCCAAUCAAAUUGCAGAAAUUUCUCAGGUAGUAGUGUAAAAUCAAUAACAUUAAUAUAAAUAGUAUUUAUGAUAGUAAAGGGGUGCAAGGAGUAUUAAUUUUUAAUACUGGCCUCAAGUGACUCCUGAUUUAAUAUCAAAUUCUCCAUUUGAUCAAAAAGCAAAUGCAAGCCAAACGUAAAGGAGAAUUAACAUUGUAUUAAUAGUAACUGGAAGGACAACAAUUUCAACUUUUACUUUUGUGGUUGUCUGCAGAUUACAGUUUGAUGUCGGUUUAGCGUAGCUUAAGAGUCUCGUACACAUGAAUCGCUAGCUCUCCAUUUUCAGCCUCGUUCUCCUUUUGUGUGACUGCUUACACGUAACUUGAAUACGCAAAAAUGCAGACUGUUUUGCAAUCUAAGUUUGAUGGUUUAUUUUAUAAUUUCUAACCACCUUCAUGGUGCUUAAUUAUCUUUUCUUUUUAGAAACCUCAACGAAAUUAUGUCCCCAACAACUAUGUAGUCCCUACAGAAAAGAAACGGCAAGCUUUACGGUGGGAAGUGAGAUCCAACUUAGCACGAGUGUGACAAGCAAUAUUUCAGGAUGGAAGCCUUAAUUAUUUAUAAAAUUCAUCACUU